CAAAUAUCGGCAGUUUACAAGUAACCGAGUACGGGAAAGAGCUCUAAAGUACGUCUUUCAAGAGAGUCUAAUUUAACGCGUAAAAAUGAGAGAAAUUGUACAUCUUCAAGCAGGACAGUGUGGUAACCAGAUUGGAGCCAAGUUUUGGGAAGUUAUCUCCGAUGAACACGGUAUUGAUCCCACUGGUACAUACCAUGGCGAUUCAGAUCUCCAGUUGGAGAGAAUUAACGUUUACUAUAACGAAGCAACCGGCGGUAAAUAUGUUCCAAGAGCUGUAUUAGUAGAUUUGGAGCCCGGAACAAUGGAUUCUGUUCGAUCAGGACCUUUUGGACAGAUUUUUAGACCAGAUAACUUCGUUUUCGGACAAAGUGGUGCUGGAAAUAACUGGGCUAAAGGACAUUAUACCGAAGGUGCAGARUUAGUCGAUUCUGUUCUCGAUGUCGUACGCAAAGAAGCUGAGAGCUGCGAUUGUCUACARGGAUUUCAGCUCACACACUCUCUUGGUGGAGGAACUGGCUCAGGAAUGGGAACACUUCUGAUCUCAAAGAUCCGUGAAGAGUAUCCCGAUCGUAUUAUGAACACAUUCAGCGUCGUACCAUCACCUAAAGUAUCAGAUACYGUAGUCGAACCAUACAACGCAACCCUCUCCGUCCACCAACUUGUAGAAAACACYGACGAGACAUACUGCAUCGAUAAUGAAGCUCUUUACGACAUUUGUUUCCGAACCCUAAAACUUACCACUCCAACCUAYGGAGAUCUUAACCAUCUUGUCUCUGCUACCAUGAGUGGUGUAACGACAUGUCUUCGAUUCCCUGGACAGCUGAAUGCUGAUCUGAGAAAACUUGCUGUCAAUAUGGUACCAUUCCCACGUCUUCACUUCUUUAUGCCUGGCUUUGCUCCUCUGACAAGCCGUGGAUCCCAACAGUACCGUGCCCUUACCGUCCCAGAACUGACACAACAGAUGUUUGAUGCCAAGAACAUGAUGGCUGCAUGUGAUCCAAGACAUGGUCGUUACCUGACAGUUGCUGCUAUGUUCCGUGGCCGCAUGUCCAUGAAGGAGGUYGAUGARCAGAUGUUGAACGUACAGAACAAGAACAGCUCUUACUUCGUUGAAUGGAUCCCCAACAAYGUCAAGACUGCAGUCUGUGACAUCCCACCUCGUGGACUUAAGAUGGCUGCUACCUUCAUCGGSAACAGCACUGCCAUCCAAGAACUCUUCAAGAGAAUUAGCGAGCAGUUYACUGCUAUGUUCAGGCGAAAGGCUUUCCUUCAUUGGUAUACUGGUGAGGGUAUGGACGAGAUGGAGUUCACUGAGGCUGAGUCCAACAUGAACGAUUUGGUGUCUGAAUACCAACAGUACCAGGAUGCUACUGCUGAAGAGGARGGAGAGUUUGACGAGGAGGAAGAAGGAGAAGAAGAGGCAGCAUAAAUCAACUGGACAUGAACAAUUAAAGUCUUCAGACAUUGAAGCAAAUAAAAUCAGAAUCUUAAARAUAAA